CGCCCGAGGAAGAGCAGGGUGACAGGACUUGUACCCAGCCGGCAGGCAGGGCCAGGCUGGCCCGGGCCUUCCCUGCACACCGCGGUCCUGCUCUUAUUUUGAUGGAUUUAAGGCUCCCUUUCAGGCACCGGUAUUAAUGACGCCUUCUCCCUCUCUCUCUCUCUCCCCUGUUUUUCUCUCCCCUUGCCCCCCCCUCCCGCCAGGUCCCUACGCGGUUCUAACCAAGGACACGCUGCCCCAGACGUACAAGAGGAAACGCUCCUGGUCCAGGGCUGUUUUUUCCAACCUGCAGAGGAAAGGUUUAGAAAAACGGUUCGAAAUCCAGAAAUACGUCACUAAACCGGACAGAAAGCAACUGGCGGCGAUGCUGGGGCUGACAGAUGCUCAAGUGAAGGUCUGGUUCCAGAACCGGCGGAUGAAGUGGCGGCACUCCAAGGAGGCACAGGCCCAGAAGGACAAGGAGCCGCCGCCGGAACCGGAGCCGGAGGGCCAGCGAGCCAGCGGGCCGCCCGCCGCCGCCGCCGGGGAGCCCGAGCGCAGCCCCAGCCGCUCCGAAGGCGACAGCGACAGCAGCGACGCCGAUUCCCUCGACAUGGCCCCCAGCGACACGGAACGGACUGAGGGCGCCGAGCGGAGCCUGCCCGCCGCCGCCGGGCUCGGCAAAUCCUCCGGCAGCACCGGCCUCCCCUCCCCGCCGCCCGCCGCCGCCGCCGCCAGCCCCGACCCGCGGAGCGGCCUAUAGACGGGGCGGCCCCGCCGCGCCCGCCCCGGGGACAUGAGCGCUAAUUUAUCUCCCUUUCUUCGCCCCGGGAGCGCGGAAAGGGCGACCCGGCACCGGCCCGGUCCCGCCCGCGGCCAGCGACCGGCCCGGCCCGGGGAGAGGAGCCGAGGACGCGGGCGGAGAAGUGACCCCCGGCCCCGGGACGGCUGUGCGGGAGGCGGCCGCCGUUCCCUUCAGGCUGCUCGCAGGAGAGCGGGAUUUCUCUAUUAUUAUUUUUUUUUUUAAUUUUAUUUUAUUCUCCGUCUCCCGCCCCUUGUCCUCUCCAGGAAAAUCUGAGCGAGGGACUCCGAGAACGUGCUCCGAAAUCCCUCUCUUCCCCCCCCGCCCCCCAAGCCCCCAAGCAAUUUACAAUGUGAAGUAUUUUUGCCAAACGUCCUCAUCGGUUGCAACGUGUUGCUUCGAAUAAUCCGGCCAAGAAAUACUGCACUGACAAAAUAUAUAAAUAUAUAUAUAUCUAUCUCCUGUAAAUAAAAUGUUUGCUAUGGUUUGUA